AAUGUCUUUGUGAUACCGCCCACAUGACCCCGCACACAGCCAGUCUACACUGACGGUCUGAUACACAUACGAUAUUGAAAAAAGAAAACCGCAAGAUUGAAUGUACUGAAUAUAUGCGGUGAACCGUUUACGUUUGAGGAUGUGAACAUUUAGUCAUACUAUUGCGGAUUUAUGGGGCUAAUGUUUCAACACGUAAGGACGGAAAACUUUUUUUUUUAUUUUUAACCUGAAAAGUUAAAUGGAUUAAUAGAGCGCAAAAAAUGUUGAAAAGAGUUCACCGAGUCUUGAAUUACGGUUUGAAACCUUUGACACUCACUAAAGGAUACUACAUGGAUCAGGUCAACUGUGCCACUCGUCGCGGCAUAGAUGAACUGAUGUUCACUCCAGUGGUGUAUUAUUUCCAUGGAUUCAUCUAUAAAAUGCUGAGCACCCACUCUUGGAAAUUCACGAUUAUCAAACUAGAGGAAAGAAGCACGACAACGACAGCUCCGGGUAUUUACAGACAUUAUGUUGUACCGGAUUGAAAUUCUUCUAUUCAUGACUCAAAUGGAAAUUUAGAGUUCGCGAGGAACAGCAAUCUGAUUGGUACAAAUAGUGUUCAUUUGGGGAUCAAUUAUUCCUGAAUUCAUCCAAAAGUAAACGGCAGCACACGGACUAGCUCUAAAGCAAAGAACUGUCACAUUCUUACAAAGGACGUAUCAAGUGAUAUGUAGCCUGAUUAGUUAUAACGAUGGUAUCUCCUGAUAUAUACAGAGGCUGGGUGGUACUUGGGAUUUCAAUUCUAUCAUUUACGUCCUCAGCGGGCAUUGAGGCAUCCUGGGGGACGAUGAUCUUAUGUUUUCGACAGGAUAAAUAUUUUCCGGACUCGUCCCUUGCGCAGCUUGGGGCACCUUUUACGGUGUAUUGUGUAUUUAAGAUCUCACUGAGUAACUUUGUGUUCAUGGCUUUGUCUGAGGCUGGAAAACUUAGCCUUCGCCAGUUUAUAGCUGUUGGGAUAUCUUUAACAAUGUUGGGACUGGUUCUGGCAUCUUUUGCUAAUGGUCCCCAUUCUGUGGCCAUAGCCUUUGGCAUUAUAUAUGGAACUGGAGAUGGAUUGUGUUCUCUAAGUACUUAUUCACUUAUAGCACUUUGGUUCCCUUGGACACAUAGAUUCCACGUGUUUUCAGUCACUUCGUUGAAUGUUAUGGAACAUCUGGGAGGGUCCAUCUUUAAUAACGUUAACGCGAAGAUGUGUGAAACCACAUUACUGGGAUGGCGAGGAGUGUUUAGAGUUUAUGCAGCUACCUUAACAUGUUUUGGUCUUCUCCUACUUCUGGUAUUCGGGAACCCUCCAGUGACGUCAUCAGACGUACGGGACAAGGGUGCCAUUAAAGAAUCAGGUUUGUUACAGAAACCAGCCUGGUCUACGUGUUCUAAAGUGGGAAUUUAUGGCAUAUGGGCCGUGGCAAUCUGCUGUAAAGGAUUUGCUUAUGGCUUGCCUUUUGUAAUACUGCCAAAACAUACCAUUGACCUUGGCUAUACGGAAGACGAAGCAGGGUAUGUAAUGGCCAUUUUCGGAAUCAUGGGCAUGGUUAGUGAGGCGUUAUCCUCUUGUGUCGGGGACUAUCUCAAGGGAAACUUGCUGGUGGUGAACUUGGUAGCAGCAACGGUACUCAUUAUUACUAACAUUGCUGCUGCAUAUUCUACAUCUUUGACGGCCAUAUUUGUAUAUGGUGCCGUAUGCGGUUUUAGCUUUGGCUGUUUGGUGUACUUUUCCGUCAACUAUGAGAUUAUGGACGGAGAGAAUGUCGCUACGUUAUUCAUGACAAUGCGCAUCAGUGAAGGUAUCGGGAAUGCUGUAGGACCAUAUUUUGCAGGUCACGUUCGAGAUGUUUCGGGUAGCUACUUCACAGUGUUCCUGGCAAUUGCUUCAUGUUUCGGCGUGUUUGCCCUAGGAACAGGUGUUCUUAUAUUUAUAAAUAAGUGGAGAAACUUUCGUGGUCUCGAACUAAUGAAGAACGGUAGUUAGACCAUAUAGCAUUGAUGAUGUAUAAUACUUUUAGCCAUUCAAGUUCGACCAGCCAAAUACUUUCUUUUAACGAGUGGACAACAGAGUUGUGACGUUGCUGUUCUUGUGUAUUGAUCCGUGCUGGGCAACUUGUGAGUAAGUCAGAGAAAUAUCUGUGAUAUCUAGUAAAACGAAUCUGUUUUUCGUCGGGUAAAGGUUAACAACAGAAUGAUCAAGAUUCAGGACUGGACACGUGGUUAUCCACUAAAUACCGAUAAUUGGCUCAUGUGAGCACCACUCAAAGGUUUUCACAGGCUUAUAUACAUGUAUAUGGUUAGACCAUCAGCAAACGUUAAGAAAUCGUUAUUCUAACGUUCUUCACCGUCACUGUUCCGAAAAACUUUGCCUAAUUUCAAAUUGGGGUGUACUGGUAGGUUAGUCUAUAGUUGCAGUUUUGUGGAUUUUAGAACCUUCAGACUGUGCCCCCCCCCCCCCCCCCACGCCGUACAUACCGGAAAUAUCAACUAUUUUCUCAUUUAUUCCGGGAAAGAUGAAGUACCACAGCAGAUAUCAAUUUUGUAACGA